AUGGCGAACUUUAUAUCGUUACAGAGAUUUUCAAGUUACAACCGAUUGGUGAGGAGCACCGCAUGGGUGCUCAGAUUUAUUCGACGAUGUCGUGGACUACGUAGCGUUCGAGAGGACCACGGACUGACGUCGAUGGAGUGCGCUGAGGCAGAGCGCACACUGAUAAGGCAAUCACAGCGAGAAGCGUUUGCCGUGGACAGCCAUGGAAAGGCCGCCAAGGGCAGCCGACUGUAUGGGUUGUCACCGUACUUCGACAAGGACGGAGUGAUGAGAGCCAGCGGAAGGAUCGACGACGCGGCGUGUGUGCCAUACAGCGCGCGACGGCCGAUCAUACUGUCUCACGAAGAGGCACUGGCGGAGAUGAUCGUGCAGCAUCACCACGAGAAGAUGUGCCACCAAAACGUGGAGGCAACUAUUGGAGCGAUCCGGCAGAAGUUCUGGAUUACGAACUUAAGGAGGCUGCUACGGAAGGUGAUGAGCAACUGCAAUGUAUGCAAGCUGCGGAAGGCGCGGCCUACGCAGCCAGAGAUGGGUCCCCUGCCAGAGGACCGGCUGGAAGCCAACGGAUGGCCAUUUAAGUAUACCGGCCUGGACUAUUUUGGACCGCUAUUUAUGACUGUUGGACGUCACACAGAGAAAAGGUGGGUGGCAUUGUUUACGUGUCUAACCACAAGGGCUAUCCACUUGGAGAUGGCCCACGAUUUGUCUACAGAUUCCUGUAUAAUCGCCAUGAGGAACUUCAUGAGCCGCCGUGGACCGGUGGUCAGGAUAAGGAGCGACAACGGGAAGAACUUCGUUGGAGCCGACAGAGAGGCCAGGAAGUUCAGCGAAGUGUUUGAGCCUGCAAAGAUCCAGGGCGAGCUGUCGUCCAAAGGAAUCGAAUGGAUCUUCAAUUGCCCGGCGAACCCAGCUGAGGGAGGCGCCUGGGAAAGGAUGGUGCAGUGCGUGAAGAAGGUGCUGGCGCACACAAUGAAGGAGCUCGCGCCCAAGGAGCACGUACUGGAGAACCUGUUGAUUGAGGCGGAGAGUAUAGUGAACUCUCGUCCGCUCACUCAUCUACCAGUGACGGUGGACCAGGAGGCUCCACUGACACCCAACGAUCUGCUGAAAGGAGUACCCGAUGUUCCGGAUCUUCCCAAGGAUAAUGGACAGGAGUCCAACGGAUGCGCUACCAGGAAGCAGUGGCGCAUAGCGAGAAUGAUGCGGGAUCGAUUCUGGAAGAGAUGGGUGCAUGAGUACCUGCCAACGCUUGUGCGCAGGGAGAGAUGGUGCAAGCAUGUCGAGCCCAUUCGUCGAGGAGACCUGGUGUUCAUAUGUGAUCCGGCCAUACCACGAAGAGAGUGGAAGCGAGGCGUCGUGGAAGAGGUGUUCACCGGAAGAGAUGGAAUCCCUCGUCGAGCGGCGGUGCGGACUAACGAUCGAGCCAAGACGAUGAUGCGUCCCGCUUCGAGGCUAGCUGUCCUGGACGUGGUGAAGGCGAGUGCUUCACGGGGGUGGGGAUGUCGCGGAACGGUUUAG